AUGGAGGUUCAAAAAAAGCCUUAUAAUAAACCAAAACACAAAUAUCGGGCCAAAAAUCCUUCUAAACCCUCUAACGAAGAAGAAAAGCACCCCAAAGACAUCGAGUUUUCCAACCCAAGGCCCAAUAAAGCUUCAAAAAACAAGCAAAGCAGAUGGCAAGUCAACCAAGGAUCUGAACAAUGUUCAGAACUUGUCAACAAGCUAAAAAACAGAGAACUCGAAUGCAUUAUUUGCAUAAACCCAAUUGGCUGGAGAGCCAAAAUUUGGACUUGUGAAGUCUGCAGAAUUCCAGAGCAUCUCAGCUGCAUUAAAAAGUGGCGAGACAGUGCAGGACUCACCUGGAAUUGCCCUGCAUGCAAUUUUUCAUACUCAGAUGAGCCAAAAUACAAGUGUUUUUGUGGGAAAGUUGAAGACCCCCUGCCUCAGCCUAUGAUUCCUCCACACUCUUGUGGGGAAAUUUGUGGCCGUAAGAGAGGCGAGGACUGUCCUCAUCUAUGUCCACAGCAAUGCCACCCUGGGGCUUGUCCACCUUGUACGUCGAUGGCACCUAUUCAAAACUGUCCUUGUGGAAAAACCAUGUAUCAGACUUUGUGUAAGGACAAGGCAAAUAUCCAGACAUGUGAAAAUAUCUGUGACAAAAUUUUAGCUUGUGGGUCACAUAGGUGUAAAGAAAAAUGCCAUGCUGGGGAAUGCAAAAACUGUGGAGUGAAGAAUUGGGUUAUUUAAAAAAAAUUAGAAAAAAUUUAAAAAAAAUAUAUUUAAUUGAGUUUUUUUGUAAAAAAAUAGAUGCCAGAAGAAUCUUAGAAGAUGUCCAUGUGAUAAAGAAGAAAUUCUGGCAGAUUGUGGGGUAAAAGAACUAUCAUGUGGGAAUUAGAUUAGAUUAAUUAUGGUAUUUAUAGUCCUCACUUCCUGAAGCGCCAUGCCUUCCGCAGGCGAACGCAUGCAGGGCAGGCCCACUCAAGGCAGCUUGAGCCCGGACCGUGCCCCCGUUUCUCGGCUGAGGCAUUUUCCCUCCUGAUCUGAAAAAACAGAUUUUUGCGGGAACUUCCAUUUCUCACCCAAGUGCUAAAAUUGCCUAACCCUGCGCGGCUUAGGCCCAGAUCGUCACAUUGAGGGACACUUUUAAACUGGAGCCACAAAAGCAUCUUAGACAGGUAAAUCGCCUUGCCUCUAUCGGACACCCAACUGAGCCUGAGUACUGCUGGUAAAACAAAAAUGCAAAAAACUUCUUCUCGAGGCUAAACCAACCCUUGGGCAGCUCUUUGCACCAAAAAUCGAAUCCGGAUAUACAUAAGGAUCACGAAUAUUAUCAUGUGGGAAGAAAUGUGAAAAAAUUCUGAGCUGUGGAAACCAUAAAUGCCAAAAAAUUUGCCAUGAAGAAUACUGUGGCGAUUGCGAAUUUUUGCCAAGCAAAGUGAGCACUUGCCCUUGUGGUAAAAGUUCCCUGGAUUUACUACUAAUUGAGCCAAGAAGUUCUUGCUUAGACCCAAUCCCAUCCUGCUAUAUGCCCUGCAAUAAGACCCUUCCAUGUGGCCACGGUUGUAAAGUCUCAUGUCACAUCGGAAAAUGCCCUCCUUGUACUCUAAAACAAGAAGUCCCUUGCCGCUGUGGGCUUUCUCAGGGAUUUCUGACCUGUUCUGAUCUUACAUCCGGCAAAACCUUACUCUGCAACAAGCCUUGCAACACCAAAAAAUCAUGUAAAAAGCACCGAUGUCAAGAAAUCUGCUGCUCAGUAAGCGGAGAAAAGCACCACCCAUUCCACCAAUGCACAGAAAUCUGCAGAAAAUUGCUUAACUGCGGCAUCCACAGCUGCUUACUACACUGUCACUUAGGGAACUGUGAGCCUUGCAGUGUCUUAUACAAAGAACGCAAAUUCUGUGCCUGUGGAAAAACCUACAAAGACCCACCUCUUAGAUGUGGAACUAGCGACCUAACUGUCCCUUGUACAGAGAAGUGCAGCAAGCCUUUGCCAUGUGGCCACAACUGUCAAAGCAUCUGCCACCCUGGGGACUGUCCUCCUUGUUUUGCCUUAAUCGAAAAGCCUUGCAAAUGUGGAAAAAUGUACAGGCCAGUCCAAUGCAACGUAAAAACAGUCUCCUGUGGCAAACCAUGCAUGAAUCCUAAAAAGUGUGGCCAUCUCUGUACCUUAAAAUGCCAUAGCGGAGAAUGUGAACUAGAGCCCUGUACUUCUAUUUGUGGCAAGAAAAAGCCUAGCUGUGACCAUACCUGCAUCCUAGUCUGCCAUGAAGGUCCUUGUCCAAUCAGCCAAUGUGAAGUGGGCGUCAAAGUCUACUGCAGCUGCAAAAUGCAGUUUGAGAUCAGAAAAUGCUACGAAAAUAAAGAAAAAGAAUGCACAGCCGAAUGCGAAAGCUUACAAAGAGCUAAAAAUAUUCAAGAAGCCUUAGGUUCUGGACAUGCUGAAGAUGAGACUUAUUCAGAAAGCUUGGUCGAGUACGGAAAAGCCAACCCAGACUUCUUGUCCAAGCUCGAAAAAAAGCUAGACGAAAUUUUGACCAAAAAAACCAAGGUAAAUUUUUUGCCACAAAUGAAAGCAGAACACAGAGCUUUUUGCCACGAGCUUAUCGCUGACCAUUACAACCUUGAGACUCUUUCACUUGAUCAGGAGCCUUAUAGGUCUGUUCUUGUAUAUAUGACUGAAAACGCGAAAAAGCCUAAGCCUCUAUUAUCGCAUUUUAUUAAUUUAGUGAAGCAAGGUAUUGUAAAAGAGCCUGACAAGGCUGAGUAUAUGGCUUCAUUGCUAUUUUACCAGCUUUCUGCAGCUGUUGUCACUGACGAUCUGUUAGAUGUCUUACAAAAAUACCAAAAAGAGUUUAUUAUAGAGUGGGUUAACGACCAUUCAGCAUAUGCCCACUUUUAUAGCUAUAACCAGUGUAAUGAAGCAUAUAAGAUGCUUCAAAGAAUCCCAGGGCAGUACUCGGUGGUGAAGAUGAUUAAUCAUACGAAGACGGAAGGGACUGAAGGGUUUAAGAAAAAGUUCAGGAACACCAAGAAAAAAGCUAUGGAAUUUACUGAUGAGCUGCCAGAGAAGCCACAAGAAAGCUCAGACCCUAUAAAUGAGCAGCCCAGCAGUCCUAAAGCCGCUUCUCAGUAA